GUAAAUUACAUUAUGCUCGUGAACGCAACUCAAGCGCGGCAAUGUCGUGGGCUCUUUUGAUAAGGACUUGAAGUAAACUUUCUGCUACAUAUUCAGUGCCAUGUCAGAAGAGAUGGACUACAUGUUUUGGGAGUCGUUGAUUUCCCCUGGAACAAGUAAAAAGAAAAAAAGUGCAAAGAGGAGAAAAAAUGGGUCAAAAAGAAAAAACAAUAUAACCUUAGACGUAAAUGGCAGCAUUCCCAAGAAAAAGAAAAACUCCACAUUCAAAGAUGUAAUCCAGUCAAAGAAGGACAAAAAGAAGAGAAAGAAGAAGUUAUUGGAUUUACAUAGUUUACUUGGCAGCAGUGACACUCCAGUGCCGGCUGAAACUAAAGCUGACAUAUCAAAUCUGCAUGACAGUGCUCAAAAGCAGAGGUCAGAUCACUUACUUCAGGACUCCAAGAAAGAAGGGCAAAGAAGAAAGAAAGUGGCAUUUAACUUGACACAUGAAUAUGCCCGUGUCAAACGUCCCAAUUUUUCCUCUGCACAUCCCAAGUUUCCAAAAGAGUGUAAAGACUUGAAGACGGUUCCUAUGAGCAAUUGUGAAAGAUAUUCUUUGGUCAGGGAAGUAGUACAAUAUCAAUCUCAACUACAAGAAAAAGACAUUUGUUGCGAAGAUAGCAACAGUCAAGACUUGUUUAUCACCCAGAAGACUUUCAGAUCAUCCUCCUCAGACUCCAGUGCGGAAGACAGUUACAAAGCUAUUACUCGAGUUUCACAACAAACACAAACAUUACACAACUCUUGGGACCAGAUAAAAUACCAAGACAGUGAUUCUUGUCAGCCUCCCAGAAAAAAGAAGCAGCACCAGCAGACAGCAAAGGCAAGUAGUGAGGUGAAGGACAGAUUACGCAUCCGAAAGAAAAAACAAUCCUUUCAAAUAGAAAGAGCAAACUUCACUGGGGAGAAAGCUACUUCAACUUUUUCUCAAUCGAGUCCUAAUAUGAUGACUCUUUGCAUGGAUGAGUCAGUAGUAGCAGAUAGGUCACCAAAGGUUGCUAAGUCAAAGCAGUGUCACUGUGAGGAAAUCCAGCAGGCUUUUUCUUGCUCUCUCCAUGCUCCCCUCAAACCCAAAGCAUGUACUGCCACACAGACAGAAAACUUCUUCACUGAUCACGUUUCCUCCUACUUGGCUUUCUUGAGAAAGAGAAGACUGGCUUCAGAUUGCGACCUUGUUAAGCCUUUGGACCUGAGCUUGCCAAAAAGGGCCAGGAAAGACCUUGGAUGGGCUGUGAAGGAGUCAGUGAGUGAAGUCCGAAAGGAUGAGAAGUGCUGUGAAAGUGGUGUGCCACCAUUCCCCAAAGACAUCAAUGCACCAUCAUUCAGUUCUUUAACCAUGAAAAACCCAGAGGUGGAGAAAAGGGUUGCUGUUAGUGAUAAGCGGAAAGGAAAGACCACCAUGAGUCCUCUGACGCAGUCAGACCCCAAGUCGGGAGACACGACGACCUUCACCGACUGCAAUGAUCCACCGUGCCGAAGCAAAAAGGUUGCCCUGCACCAGGAGGUACUGCAGCAAGUUGCUCAUUUGUGGAAUACCCACGUUAUCUGUAACAGCAUAAUUGGACUAGCUCCAAGUGGAUGUCCAAAGUUGUUGUACACCAUCCAUCAUCUCUUUGGAGGCCAAGAUAAGUUACAACCGGUCACUCAUGAGGCACUGCAGGCUUGUAAACAAGAAUGCCAACAGAGAGGACCAUAUUCUUGUGAUGAGACUGUAUUCAACUUGUGCUAGCGUAUGACAGAAAAUUUCUUUCUCUCACCCACCACAGCAGAUGAGGCCAUUGAGCUGUAUCUUUUCCUGAGAGCAGACAUACUUAAAAAUGUAUAAAUGAAUAUUUUUAGGUUAAUCACUACAAUUCUCAGAAAAAUCAUCCUUCCUUCUGGUCCACACAUCUUAAAUUUAUGGAUGUCUGACAAAUCAUUCAUCCAUCCAUUUUCUGUACCGGUUACCCUCACAAGGGUCCCAGGCCUGCUGCAGCCUAUCCCAGCUGGCUGACCAAGAGGGUGGGUUACACACUGAAGUGGUCGCCAGCCAUUACCAACGCACAGAGAGACAAAUCAUUUUUUCUGAAAUUCUGGGAUUUAUAUGUUACAAGAGGAAUUUAUCCGAAUGGAGCAACAGGUGUAUUAAAAUUUAUGACAAGUAAAUGAAGGAUGAUCAGAAAUCCAACAUGUCAAGGUAUUUCAAAAUGUGGCGCUGUGUUGGUGAGAUCAUGUUUACAUGACUUGUAGUUAUUGAGAAUGGGCACCCAAUCCUCAUUUUUUUUAAAUUGAUACUACAGGGUGUGGUGGCAACCAGUUCAGGGUGUGCUCUACCUCUCGCCUGAAAUUAUCUUGGGCAUCAACACAGCUGUGAGCCUAGUUAGGAUAAGAUGUAAAGAGAAUUUAUGGAUGAUACAAAAUGCAUUUUUUUAAACACUUAUGUCUCCAGUAUGGAUUGAUUGAACAGUUGUUUUCUUUUAUCAGAGAAGGUUAUCGCCUCUUACUCAAAUAUUUAAUUGAACUGUUGACAAAUGACUAGAGAUUGUUAAAUUACAACUGUUUUUAAAUGGACUUGUUUUUCAACACUUCUCAUUUUUAAAGAAAUGAAAGGUCUUCAUGCCUCACCCAUCAUGAUUACAAAUACAAUAAAGCAAGAAUGAAUAUUCAGUU